AUGGACAGCGGAUUUCACGAGUUUGGAUUCCGGGAGAUUCGGGAAUCGGAUGGCAAAAGUUUUAAAUUCUACUAUUUAAAUCAAAAUAAAUUGAGGUGGAAAAGUCAAAAUAAUCAACGGCUAGAAAAGAGAGAUCUUGGCGUGGCGUGUGGGAAGUGGGAACUGUGGAUGGAGACAGCAAGAAGUAGCAUUCUCAAGCACGAGACAUCGCCGCUCACAGACAAAUCCUCACCGGAGCGAGAGCGACUCUUCUUCUUUCAUCUUUUUUUUUUUAAUAAACAUAUUCGUUGUUAAAAAAGAUAGUCAAUGGAGUGCAUUUAUCGUUUGUAAUAAGAUAUUUAUAAUAAAAUCCCUAAAAA